AUGAUAAGGGCCAAUACCGUAAAGAAUAAGCUCGCUCGGGUUGGUCGAGAACUUCCCAUUCCAAGAUUCAGGUGUUAUGGAUGGGUUCAUUCUCUUCCUGACAAAUGGUGGGCUAGGAUGACCAAAUACGUACUCCAUCGUUGGGAUCAGGAGUUGCGGGAUUUGGGAUUAUAUGCUCCAAUCCGAGCUAGUAUGCAUGGUCUCCCAGUGAGUGCAGAUCAUUUUAUGGCUUUGUUCGAGUCUUAUAUUCCGGAGACCAAUACCUUUCUUACCAAGUAUGGGGAAUUAGGGCUUCCGCUCCACGAAAUGAUGAAGGUAUCCGGAUUGCCAUUGGGGAAUACUCCUUACCAAGAAUAUUUUCCUAAUAAUCGUCAGUUGAUGAAAAUGAAGAAGGCCUGCUCUCCUGCUUAUGACAUCCUCUGGGAGUUAACUUGUCAUUAUCAGAUAGCGAUAGCCAAGAUUGAAGUGAAGAGUAAGAAGGCGGCUCGAGUCAGUUUAAAACAGUUCGCCGACUACCUAUUUCAGAACCUUGAGAGCCCGACCGGUGAAGAAGUCUGUGAAUCACCGAUUCUGACCCCUUCUGACGUCAACCAGCUAAUCACGAAGAUUAAUGCUCAGUCUUACAGAACUGAGUCAUCUGAAGGUGGUUUUCUUAAGGGCACCAAGUUCAACACUUUCUUGUGGCAAGCCACAAAGAGAAUGAAGCCUGCAACUCUUCUUUCCGGUUAUCUGGCCAUUUGGCUAAAGAGAUGUGUAGUGCCGCAUCAGUCUUCUGAGGCGCUUCCUCUUGAAGUUCUCUUUCCCGCCGUGCAACUAGUUGUCAGAGGCAGGUUAUCUCUUCUUUCUGCUAUGAUUGCUGACCUCCAUAGCGGUUUGCGUAACCUAGCCAACACCUUUACCAAAGUGGGUGCCGAGCCUUCAACUAAGAUUCCUUUGUCGAGCGUCGAAUUUCCGUACACCUAUUUGAUGGCGUGGCUAGUUCUCCAUCGAUCGGACAUGAUGUCAGCGCCUGAUGCGUCUGAUCCAGAAAUCCCCUUGCUGCAGCUCUUAGAAGGAUGUAAGUGGUUAUAUCCUUCCCGACCAUGGACUGACCGUGUGAGGCAAUUCAAGAAUGCCAAAUGCUGGGAAUUCUAUAAGUGUUUCCCUCGGUUUUCUGGUGCCUAUAAUGACACGCUUGUUGACGAGGAAAUGCCUGGGGCUAACAGGACCUCUCUCGAUACGGGUAGUUUUCAUUGGCUCAUGAACAUUCGCCCAGGCUAUAAUGUUUUUCGAUCGAAGAACAUUUGCAGGAUUGAGCCUUAUUUUCCUUGCCGUUUUGCGCGACAAUUCGGCUACGAUCAAUUGUAUAUCGGGAAUCCCAAUAAAUGGUUGAUAAACUGCGGAGGCCUUAUUGAUGGGGUACGUGCCUGGUUCUGGAAUGUUGCUGGCUGUACCGGAGCUCGAUUUAGUUUGCCUGUCGCUGAGCCUGGUCUUUACUUAACCUUCCUCUACUGCCGGUGGAUUUUAGCCGCCAAUACUCCUCUUGCGAAGAAGAAGCUCCACGAACUGGAAUCCGAGGCUGUAGUUCGGAGAAUUGUAUCAAAAAAAGGAAAGGAGCCCGCUACGUCUUCUCGUAAAGGAAAACAGGUAGCUGAUUCCGAAGAGAGCGACGACUUCGAGACAUCCAGCGAAGAGGAUGAGACCCGAGGCGACGCAGAGGGUGAUGUACCUUUGUCUCCCGUGGCUCACAGGACUCGUCGAGCUUCUUCGCCCAAAUUACCCGGUGCUCCUUCAAAAGGUAUACAAAUGAAGGAAAAGAACAUUCCCCUGUCGUCCUCCAACAAGAUGACCUUGAGAUGGCUUUCUCAGGAGGGAGAGGCAGAAGAAGAGGAAGAAGAGGUUGCCCCGCUUAUUAACAGGAAAAGAUCUCGGCUUACUGCUCCUUCUGAGGUUCAACCUCAGCCGACUCAAGGAACCGAAUUACGUACCAAGUUUCGACAUGAAAGCUCCGAGGUUCCUCGAGAUUCUCGUGCCUCGAAGAGGAUUAAAAAGACGGCUCAUCGGGAACGCCAACUUUCUCCGUUAUUUGAGGAGAAGUUUACUCAGGAUCUUCCAGUUGAUGAAAGGGUUGAAUCAGAAGAGGAAGGGGAAAUCGUGCCCAAGCCUUCUUCUCCGGGUUUAAUGGAUGUUGAUGAAUCUAGCUUCACUGAACAAGUGCACAAGGCUAUGAACGAGGAACCCCUUCAUAUGGACAUUGUUCCUCCUCCAGCCACCACAUCGACCUCGCCAACCGCAGAUACAGUUAAACUAAAGGAGGUGAGUGCGGGUAGUAGCGCUGCUAAUCCCGCAACUAUUGUUGAAGACAUCCCUGUCAACGAACCGAAAGACAUAGAACUUACCCAUGAUAUGGGUAUCGGAGAUUUCGAUGAGCGAGACUUCGAUCUUGACAUUUCUGAAGAUGUACACCAGGAGAUCUCCGAUAUACUAUCGACUCCGGUUCCAUCCGCUACUACAGGACCAACUACUCGAGUUGAUUCAGCUGAAGCAGAUGCAUCAAAAGACGUAGGACCAACUAACGAAGUUGAUGCGUCUACCGUCAUCGGUGAAUGUGAUCAACCUGAAGGUCUGGGUUUCUUACUUCUGGUAAGUCCCCCAGCUGAAGUUGAACCACCAGCCACUGCUCCUCCAACUUCUGCUAUUAUCGAAGCUGGACCUGUUGUGCCUUUCACUCCGAUUCCAGUGGAUCAUGAAGUAGGAGGGUCGAAUGUUACGGUAGAAGAACAACCUCCUGCUACCUCAGCUCAACUUGAACAUGCUCCUCAAGAUCUUGGCGACUUAGACCCGAAGUCGUCAAGAAUUGUAAUUGAACAACAGCUUGACGUAAUGAAUCCACCGCCCAGCAUUACCUCUACACAAACUUCGGAUGUCGUGGAGCAGGUCUCAGCCUCGACAAGUCAAGAUCUUUCUUCAUCAUUGUCCGAUUGCAUUCGAGCUUUAUUGGCAGAUGAAGAUCCGGACAAAAUUGCCCUUUGCAUUGACAUCCAAAGCUUCAUUCUUUUCUUAAACGCCAUGGUUGAUCGGAUUCUCCUUAAAGGUUCACCAUUUGAACUUUUCCAGAAGUCUCUCGAUCAUCAUGUGUCAGGAAUUAAAGAACAGGGGUGCGCCGAAUUGUCUAACUCUCUUGAAGCUUAUUUGGUUGAUCUUAAACAACACAUCAAGCAGUUGCAGAAUUUCCGAGCUAAUGGCGCGUCUUCUUACAUCACUUCCGAAAUGGACCUGAGGCUACAAGCAUGGCGUGAUUCUCAGAAAUCUGUUGAAUCCGAACUUCAAAUACUGAAGACUCGUAUUAAUCAACUUCGGGUAAGCGCCUCCAAGAAGACACAAAUCAAGGCAGAUCUAUAUCGUAACUUGGAAUCGCGUCGGGCAGUGGUAGCCGAAUUAGAAAAGAGACUUGCUGAAGCUAGAGAAGCUUGUGAAGUUUUAGAGUCUGAUCUGGCGGAAGUAACUCAAGCUGAAGUGAGUACAUUACGGCAACUGAAUCUUCAAGACAAAAUUUUUGCUGACAAGGAACAAGAAGCCGCCAAAAUCCGCAGCAUCGAUGAAAGGAAAUUUAAAGCCAAUCUGAUACCUGAGCUCGAACUGGCUUAUGCGACAAAGCUUUCCCAAUUAGAAGAUAAACUCUGCCAUUACAAAUUAUUGUAA